AAACAUGUUUGAGGCUGUGAAAUUAAACUUUACUUUUGAAACUUUUCGAACUUUUAAAAUAUUUUUUCACAUAUCAAAAUGACUUCUUACGAUAAUGAAAAAGAAACUUUGGAAAUUGGUAUAAUAGGCUUAGGUGAUAUGGGUUUAAUGUAUGCAAAAAGAAUAAUAGCUAGUGGUUGGAAAAAGGUGAAUGUUUGUGACCGGAGUGAAAAUUAUGAAGAACUCAAAGAAUUGUUAAAAGAUAGCGGAAUGAAUGUUUGUCAAAAUGGUCAUGCCGUAUCGAGAAAAAGUGAUUUUAUAAUUUAUUCUGUCGAAGCUGAAAAUAUCGAUAAAGUCGUAGCGGAAUAUGGUCCAUCCACGAAGUUGGAUGCAAUUGUGGCUGGUCAGACAUCAGUCAAAGAACCUGAAAUUCGCGCCUUUGAAAAACAUCUUCCUGAUGAUGUUCAUAUUAUUUCAUGCCAUUCACUUCAUGGACCAACUGUAGAUCCAAAAGGGCAACCAUUGGUGAUGAUACAGCAUAGAGCCGCUGAUGAGAAGUUUGAUAUUGCUAUGCGUGUAUUGUCAUGUAUGGAAUCUGAAUUCGUAAAAUUAUCGUACAAAGAACAUGAUCGAAUUACAGCUGAUACUCAAGCCGUAACUCAUUUAGCAUUUUUAAGUAUGGGAACCGCGUGGAAAACGCAACGUCAAUUUCCAUGGGAAACGCCACAAUAUGUGGGUGGAAUAGAAAAUGUUAAAGUUCAUAUGGCAUUACGUAUUUAUUCAAAUAAAUGGCAUGUUUAUGCCGGUUUAGCAAUUAUGAAUCCGAGUGCUAAAUUACAAAUUCAACAAUAUGCACAAUCUGUCUCUGAUUUAUUUAAAUUAAUGAUUCAAGAAAAAGAAAUAGAAUUUAGAACGCGAGUUAAAAAGGCAGGAGAAUUUGUUUUUGGUAAAUCAUCCGAAUCUCGUGAACCAAUUUUAUUAUCGGAUACUCUUUUGGAUAAAUUUUCUUUAUCUAUUGUUCCAAAAGAAAAAAGAAAACCAAAUUCACAUUUAUCAUUAUUGGCUAUGACGGAUUGUUGGUACACAUUAGAAAUUAAUCCUUAUGAACAUAUGGUUUGUCAAACUCCAUUAUUUCGACUUUGGACCGGUAUUACAGAAUAUCUAUUUCGUAAUACAGACAUGUUAGAGGCAGCAAUUCAUUCAGCAUUAUAUAGUAAAGACAUUAGAGCAGAUGAUAUGGAAUUUUAUAGUGCAUCAAAAGGGUGGGCAGAAUGUGUUGAUAUUGGAAAUAUGCAAACUUAUCAAAAAAGGUUCGAAGAUACCGCAAAAUUCUUUGAAUCAAGGUUUGAUGAAAGUAACAAAAUUGGAAGAGAGAUGAUAAAAGUUAUUACAACCAAGACUCACAAAUAAAAAGUUCCAAUUUUUUUU